AUGUCGUCGCGGACGCGUUGUCGUGACGACCGGACAGUCGACGUCAACCGGAUUGACGUCGCUCAGACAUAUAUACCGUCGUCGUCAUUGUUGGACGAGGUGAAGGCCGCGUAUGCGCAUGACGUAGACGCGAAGCAGCUGAUCGAGUUUCCCUCAGCUCCUUCCGACAAAGCAUGUCGGAAGUUGCCCCUCGUCUACGAGCGAGUGCACAUCGGUAUC